UCUGUACCUACGGUUCAACGCGAUUUAAACUUGCCAUAGCGCCUGUACAACCUUACUGUCCAGCCCCAAAUGCUCACCUGCAAGCACGCCACACCUUCUUCAGUGCGAGCGCGCGGCACUUACAGAUGCAAAAUCGCCGUAAUAAGCAGAAAUUUACCAAGCGCGCGGCAACUUCCUAGCGCAACACGGGGCCCCGAGGAACCGUCAUCCACAUCACAAACACCAGGGCGGCAACCGCUGCCAUUGCCAUCAGAACCAUCAAGUGAACAGCGUCCUGGAAGUGCAGGGAACCAAGAGACGCUCGCCACACAGGCAGCGAAAUGGGCCGCGGAGGUAGUGGCGUCGCCGCUCUUUUACCUAGUAGCAGGUCUUGCUGCAAUCAAGCUGCUAUCCCUGACCGGCCUGGAGGACGGCGUCACGAUCUUCCUGUUCGCCGCGCUGCCCAUCACCGCCCUCACCGCACUCAGCAAGAGCAGCCUGGGCAAGCAGGUUCAACAGCAGCUGGAGUCCAAGCUGCCGGAGCUGCAGGCGCGUGCGGAGGCGCUGCGGCGGGCGCACCAGCAGGCCCGAAGGCGCAGCCCUUGGUGCGUGAGGCUUGCAACCGCCGUUAAGCCAGCCACUGACCCGUGGGUCGUAAGAGACGCUGAGAGGGGUACAUGCAUAAGACACUAAAAGGCGUCAAAAUGCGUGUGCGUGCAUGUGCAUAGGCGGUUACUGGGUGCGUAGCGUAGAC